AUGUCGCUGGGAGAAGAAUUCCGUUUACGCAACUUCAGCAUCUACGGUCAAUGGACCGGUGUACUUGCACUCAUCCUCUGCUUGGCGCUCGGUAUUGCCAACAUCUUCUCUUUCCACGUUGUGCGGAUCAUCUUCUCCGUCCUCUGCCUCGUCUCCGCUUUUGUUAUUCUCUUCAUUGAAGUGCCCUUUCUCCUCCGCAUCUGUCCCACAUCUUCCACUUUCGAUGUUUUCAUCCGCCGCUUCACGACCAAUUGGAUGCGCGCCGGAAUGUACACCGUCCUCAGCGCUAUCCAAUGGGCUAGUCUCUGCUCUGGAGCCUCUAGUCUGAUCGCCGCCGCUGUUGUACUCAUCAUCGCCGCAAUUUUCUACGCCUUAGCUGGUCUGAAGAGUCAGGAGUUUGUCGGUAGCAAGACCUUGGGUGGCCAGGGUGUUGUACAGAUGAUCGUUUAA